AUGGAGACCCACAAGGCCUAUCCUUUGCGUGCUAUUUUUGUACUUGUGAUGCUGUCUUUUCUACAUGUACAUAGUAGUCAAGCCGCUCGGUUGAACCCGGUUGAACCGGGGAUUCUUAUGCCAACAGAGAAAUAUGAUCAGCCAGAAGUUGAUGACGAUGGUAAAGAAAUUGGCACAAGAUGGGCGGUUCUUGUGGCCGGUUCAAGUGGUUAUGGAAAUUACAGGCAUCAGGCGGAUGUCUGUCAUGCGUAUCAACUACUAAGAAAAGGUGGCAUAAAAGAAGAGAACAUAGUGGUGUUUAUGAACGAUGACAUAGCCAAGCACGAGUUGAACCCAAGGCCUGGAGUUAUCAUCAACCAUCCCCAAGGAGAUGAUGUUUAUGCUGGUGUGCCUAAGGAUUACACUGGCGAACAGGUUACUGCUAAGAAUCUUUAUGCAGUACUUAUUGGUGACAAGAGUGCUGUCAAAGGUGGAAGUGGCAAGGUUGUGGAUAGCAAGCCCAAUGAUAGGAUCUUCUUGUACUAUUCUGAUCAUGGAGGUCCUGGAGUUCUCGGGAUGCCAAACAUGCCUUUUCUAUAUGCAAUGGACUUCAUUGAGGUUUUGAAGAAGAAACAUGCAUCUGGGAGCUACAAAGAAAUGAUAAUGUAUAUAGAAGCUUGUGAGAGUGGGAGCAUCUUCGAAGGCAUCAUGCCUAAGGACCUAAACAUUUACGUGACGACAGCAUCAAAUGCAGAAGAGAGUAGCUGGGGAACGUAUUGUCCUGGGAUGGAGCCAUCUGCACCUCCAGAGUAUGUCACUUGCUUAGGGGAUUUGUACAGUGUUGCUUGGAUGGAAGAUAGUGAAACACACAAUCUGAAGAGAGAAACAAUAAAGGAGCAAUAUCAUUCGGUGAAGGACAGGACUUCCAAUUACAAUACGUUCACUUCUGGAUCCCAUGUGAUGCAAUAUGGGAACGAAAGCCUCAAAAGAGAGAAGCUUUAUUUGUACCAAGGUUUCGAUCCUGCUAGUGUAAACUUCCCUCCAAACAACGGUCACAUUGAUGAGCGUAUGGGCGUUGUCAACCAGAGAGAUGCAGAGCUUGUUUUCCUCUGGCAAAUGUACAAAAGGUCUAAAGAUGGGUCAGACAAGAAGACCCAAAUCCUUAAUGAGAUUAAAGAGACUAUAAGGCAUAGAUCUCACUUGGACAGUAGCAUGGAAUUGAUUGGAACACUAGUAUUUGGACCUGAAAAAGGCUCAGCAAUUCUUAAAUCUGUUAGAGAACCCGGUUCUCCUCUAGUUGACGACUGGAGAUGCUUGAAAUCAAUGGUUCGAUUGUUUGAAACACAUUGUGGAUCGCUGACGCAGUAUGGAAUGAAACACAUGCGAGCGUUUGCCAACAUUUGCAAUGGCGGUGUCUCUCAAGCCUCCAUGGAGGAAGCUUGUAUUGCCGCAUGUAGUGGCCAUGAUGUUGGGGAAUUGCGUCCUUCAAACCAAGGUUACAGUGCUUGA